GAUGAUCAUCGUCUUGUUCCUUCCUUCCAUCUGUGAUUUUCCAUUUCAAUUGGAGAUCACAUACAUGGUCGGCGAGAUCUGCAAUUUACCGGUGCUCGAUUAUCGAAGAACCCAACGUCGAUCUUUCUUUUUCGGGCUAAGGCUUGUUGAACAUAAGCUAUAGUAACCGGCCCUUAACGACUGGGUCCCUGCAAAGAUCUUGAACAUCAACGAAGCAGAAGCUGUCUUUUUGUCAGAGUUGAUGUUACCUCUGGCAAUCAAAUCAGGAUGCUAGGAGGAAAAAGUUGCGUAUACAAAGGGAGCGUAUCACUUGCUUUAGUAAUUCUCAUCCUUUUGAUGGUAUUAAUUCUGGUUUCGGAGAAGAAUCCUUUCCAUACGUCUAUAUUUGAAAUGCAGCGCCAGUUUUCAGUUUCCUCUUCAGUCUGUAACUUUGCCAAGGGAAAAUGGGUUGAGGACCGUCGAAGGCCUUUGUAUUCUGGUUUUGAAUGUAAACGGUGGUUAUCUGCUAUGUGGGCAUGUAGAAUGAUGGAUAGGACAGAUUUCUCGUUCGAGCAUUACCGUUGGCAACCAGAAGGUUGCAGUGUGUCGGGUUUUGAGCGAUCUGCAUUCUUGAGAAGAAUGCAGAACAAGACGAUCGCCUUCAUAGGAGACUCAUUGGGCAGGCAACAAUUUCAAUCCCUUAUGUGCAUGGCCUCUGGUGGCGAAGAGAGCCCAGAGGUCCAAGAUGUGGGAUGGGAAUAUGGUCUUGUCAAACCAAAAGGCGCCCUUCGACCAGAUGGCUGGGCUUACCGGUUUCCGACCACCAACACGACAAUCUUGUACUACUGGUCGGCAAGUUUGUCUGACUUGGUACCAAUGAACAACUCUGAUUCACCUCCUCUCAUCGCCAUGCAUUUGGACCUUCCACCAGCAUUCAUGAGAACAUACCUUCACCGCUUCGACGUAUUGAUCCUGAACACGGGUCACCAUUGGAACAGAGGCAAGAUUGAAGGAAACCACUGGGUGAUGCACGUUAAUGGAACAGCGGUCAACAACGAAUAUUUCAAGGACAUAGGAAACGCCAAGGAUUUCACAAUACAGAGCAUAGUCAAGUGGCUGGAUUCACAGCUUCCUCUUCAUCCCCGGCUAACGGCUUUCUUCAGAACCAUCUCACCGAGGCAUUUCAGAAACGGAGAUUGGAACUCUGGGGGAAACUGCAAUAACACGGUUCCGUUGACUAGAGGAAGCAAAAUCACAGCUGAUGGAUCGAUGGAUACAACCGUGGAGAGGGCGUUGAACGGGUCAAGGAUCAAGAUUUUGGACAUUACAGCUCUCUCCGAGCUUCGGGACGAGGCUCAUAUCUCUGGCUCGAAGUUGAAGCCAAGAAAACCGAAGAAGGUUAGUAGUAACGAGACUCAAAUAAUCAACGAUUGCUUGCAUUGGUGCUUACCCGGAAUCCCUGAUACAUGGAAUGAACUCCUCGUUGCUCAGUUAUAA